UUUUCCAAGUCUUGUGGUUUCCAAGUAUUUCUGAUUCGGAUUUUUUUUUUUUUUUUUUCUGCUAAAACGUAACAAAUCAAACAUGUCCGACAGAAUUAUAAAAUGUUGAUAACGAUUAUAAUGUUCUACGAUGAGGUUCUGUCUGGGUUAAGAAUGAAUGGGAAUGAUUUAGAACCUUAUAAUAUAAUGUGUUAACUGGGAUGCAAUCUUUUGCAGUGUAAUAAUCAUAAAUAAUAAAUACAGCUGCUAGCUUUGGAUAGGUAACCAUAAGGUUAAAAAAAAAAAUUUAAUCAGAUAAAUGUGGAAUUCGGUUUUGUAGUCAAAACUGUAAAAUAGUGUGCAUGUGCAAUGGGCAUGCUUUAUUUAUUUCCACACAGAAACCAACAGAGAUGCUAACUUCUGCACACAACUGUAAUUUGUCAUAAUACUGGGGUCGGGGGCCGUGGCUUAAAGUCUGAAAGUGGAAUUUAAGUUAGAAGUGCUUCGGAUGAUAAUCUAGUUCACAUGUAUUGAGUUGUUUGAUAAAACUUUAGAUAGAAAUGCUGAAAUAAUGUUACUUGAGGCGAGGACGUGUUGUCUUCACUUGCCACGUAGCGCCAUUGUGUGUGUGUAUAUAUAUAUAUUUACUAUAAUUAAAAUGAAACUAGUUAGGUGUCGAGAAUAAGAGAUAAGAAUCCUGUCAUAAUUCUUGUCGUGCCAAGGUGGGGUUGCUAAUCUUUAACUCAAUCUAUUUGACAAUAGGAGUGUCGGUUAUUUUGCCGCCUUCAUCUGUUACGUUAUACGAUAACGGCCGUACACAGGAAAACAAAACGUAUACUGCAAAUUGAAACCAAAGGGCAGCUGAUAGGAUCAUCUGGUGUUUGUGGAAAAAACAGUCUUAUUCAAGGUCACACGGUAUCAACAUGGUCAACCAACACCCGUACCUGAAUCCGAAACUCCCGUUUACGGGCUGUAUCCAAGGCGGCCUGUUUGAAGGGAAGACCGUCACUGUGACAGGACGAGUCCUGGCAGGAGCAGAGAGGUUUUGUGUGAAUUUGCUAUGUGUCACUAACACAUCGAGUGAUAUCGUCCUCCACUUCAACCCACGCUACCGCGGUAACUCGGGUCACGUGGUGUGUAACACGCUGCAGAGUUCCUGCUGGGGUUCCGAGCAACGGAGCAAACACACCCCAUUUCCCAGAGGCUCUGACUUCACCCUCACCUUCCUGGUCAACCGAGACUCCUAUUCGGUGAUCGUGAACGGAGCCCAUUUCAUGGAGUACUUGCACCAGCUCCCUGUCUCUCGUGUGAAUGCAAUCUUUGUGGACGGAGGUGUAGAGGUCACGUCCAUCACUUUCCAAAACCCGGCUGUGAUCAUCGACCGAGGUAGACCGAUGCAGCCAGAGAAGCAGCGGUACCGAAGCAAACUGACCCGUGGAUCAGGUUGGAAUAUGCAAGGACAUCAGCAGCAUGCGAGCCAGAUGCAGGCGCCUGCUGCUUGCGAUGUCGCUGAUUUAAGUGCUGCACCUCCUCCAUACAGUUCUCAACCUGCUUAUGUUAUACCAUAUAAAACCAUUAUUCAGGGUGGAUUUUACCCAUGCAGAGGCAUCACCGUACAGGGCUGUGUCAACCACAACGCUGACAGGUUCAACAUCAACCUGCGUUAUACCUCUGGCAUUGCGCUCCACUUCAACCCGCGUUUCAACGAGAACGUAGUGGUGCGCAACAGCCUGGUGAAGGAGCGCUGGGGUCGUGAGGAGAGAAGCGGCGGCAUGCCCUUCUACAGAGGCCAGCAGUUUACGGUGAGCAUCACGUGCGACACUCAGUGCUACAGGAUCGCGGUGAACGGCACUCAAAUGUUCACCUACAACCACCGUCACUUCCUGUUUCAGCAGAUCGACAUCCUGGAGGUUGACGGAAACAUCAGCGUCAGUUCUGUCGUGGUUUAAGGGCAGGUCGUUAUGUGUAUAAACUGUAAAACCAGUUUAAACCAGUAUAAUACUUUAAAUGUAUUUUAUUUUAUUGUAAUCAAUACAGCAGCACAUAUUGUAUUCUGGGAAAAUUGUACAGCAUCAAAAGCAGUAAAGAUAGCUAUGCAACACUGCUGAGACGAUAUCUUACUAAUACAGUAAAACCUACAGGUUCAUUAACUUCACCGCAUCUGACUAAUUUUUCCAUUUUUUAUUUAUUCCUUAUUUUUGUCAUCCUUGGUUUUUUAAAAGCAUAACUUUAGUUAUAUUAGUGAGGUAGCAUUAAGUGUAACAAGUUAACUGGAGGUAAAACUAUAAUGCUACAUCAUAUUAGCCUAGUUCAGUGGAUAAGAUUUCUAGCUAUGUUUGAUAUAUAUAUGUAUAUAUAUAUAUAAACCCCAGUGAGCAAUAAGUCUUCUUCUUAUGACUCAUUGAUUCUAUAUCUGUGGUUCUUACUGUUCCUGUACUUUUGAUAUCAUAUUAUUCUUGGACUGAAAUGAUUUAUUUGAACCCAGUAAGAGAGUUUGUUUUGGACACUUUCAAAUGUAUUUACGAUGUACAUUUGGCAAUAAAAGUGUUAAACAGCAGUAUGAUUAAAACAUUGCAGAAGAGAUUUGAUGGGAAUUGACUGUUAUUAAUGUGUAGUCCCGUAAAAAUAUAGACUUCGGCAAAAAGUUCGAAACUUUUACCAUAUAAGACUGGGGCAGGAUUUGUGUCUGAGGGUAAGACUGAGAUAGGAGUUGGGUUUGAUAAUGAGUCUUUAUUGGUCACAUAUACAUUACAGCACAGUGAAAUUCUUUUAUUCAUACAACAGCAUGUCAGGAAGUUGGGGUCAGAGCGCAGGGUCAGCCAUGAUACAGCACCCCUGGAGGAGAGAGGGCUAAGGGCCUUGCUCAAGGGCCCAACGGUGGCAGCUUGCAGUGCUGGGGCUUGAACCCCCGCCCUUCCGUUCAGUAACCCACAGCCUAAACUGCCAAGCCACCACUGCCCCACGAUUUUCUUCUGAUGGUUAGACUGAGACAUGAUUUGAGUUUGGUUUAGAGGUGAGACUGGGGCAAAAUUUAGGCUUGGGGAUAAAACCGGGACAGAAAUUGGGUUUGGGGAUGACACUAAGACAGAAAUUAGGUUUGAGGGUAAGACUGGUGCAGAGUUUUGGAUUGAGGAUAUAAACAGGAUAGAUAUUAUUUUUAUACCUCUG